AGCUUUUGUCAGGCACCCUGACAAGAUGGGUACCAUAAUGUUCUUCGGUUGGAUGAUACUUUUAAUUUCCGAAACUCUGCAGACUACUCAAGUUUCUGGAUAUACAACAGCUUCAGAAACAGAAACACCAGGAUACACUCUAGCAUGGCCCUGGUACACAACAACUGGCUAUUACCACUGUGGUGGCCACCUCUCGGGUUUUUCUGGGGACUUCUCUAGUCCAAACUAUCCUAGUUAUUAUCCAAACAAUGCACGAUGCAUCUGGGAAAUACAAGUGGAAUAUAAUCAUUAUGUAAACCUCCAGUUUGACCAUGUUGCACUGGAACCGCACAGUAACUGCGCUCACGAUUUUAUUGAAAUCUAUGCACAACACUCAUAUACAUCUACUUUGCUGGGAAGAAUAUGUACCGGUGGCUAUCAAACAUUUACAUCCUACUCAAACAGAAUGAUGGUUGUGUUUUCGAGCGAUGGCAGUUACCAAAAUACAGGAUUUCAUGCUACUUAUUAUACUUUCUUCCAAGACUCGACAACAACGGCUACUACUACUACUACUCCAACAUGGUGGCCUUCAGGUGGUAUUGAUCUCAGACUGGUGAAUGGCCGGAACAGAUGUGAGGGCCGUGUCGAAAUUAAUGCCAAUGGAACCUGGGGGACAGUCUGUGAUGAUUUUUGGGACAUAAACGAUGCUCAAGUUGUAUGCAGGCAGCUUGGAUGUGGACAGGCCAUUUCUGCACCAGGAAGUGCCCAAUUUGGUCAAGGCAGAGGAAGUAUUUUCCUGGAUGAUGUGCAGUGCAGAGGAGAGGAACACUUGCUCUGGAAAUGUCAGCACAGCGGGUGGGGCAUACAUAACUGUGGCCAUGGUGAAGAUGCCAGUGUCAUUUGUUCAGACUCGACAACAACUGCUCCUACUACUACUUCAACAUGGUGGCCUUCAGGGCUGGCAUUGAGACUGGUGAAUUCAUCUAGCAGAUGUGAAGGUCGUGUUGAAAUUUAUUACCAAGGAUCGUGGGGAACAGUCUGUGAUGAUUCCUGGGAUAUCUAUGAUGCAGAUGUUGUGUGCAGGCAGCUUGGCUGUGGACAUGGUGUUGCAGCGAAGACCAGUGCCUGUUAUGGUCAAGGCUCAGGAAAUAUUGUCCUGGAUGAUGUGGGUUGCAGAGGAUCGGAAUACCGUCUAUGGGACUGUCCUCAUUCAGGAUGGCUCUCUCAUAACUGUGCUCAUUCAGAAGAUGCCGGUGUCAUCUGUUCAGGACCUGCACCUUCUCAGAGACUCGUGAAUGGACCGAACGGAUGUUCCGGUCGUGUUGAAGUCCGUUACAAUGGAAACUGGGGAACAGUGUGUGAUGAUGCCUGGGACAUAAAAGAUGCAGAGGUUGUGUGCAGACAGCUUGGGUGUGGGCAGGCCAUUGAGGCGCCCAUGAAUGCCCGGUUUGGUGAAGGCUCCGGAAGUAUUCUCCUGGAUGAUGUGCAGUGCAGAGGGAACGAACCCUCUCUGUUGCAGUGCUCGCACCGGGGGUGGGGCACACAUAACUGCGCCCACCGUGAGGAUGCCAGUGUCAUCUGCUCAGGUCCAUUAGUGAGACUCAUGAAUGGACAGAACAGAUGUUCCGGUCGUGUUGAAGUCUAUUACAGUGGAAGCUGGGGAACAGUGUGUGAUGAUGCCUGGGACAUAAAAGAUGCUGAGGUUGUGUGCAGACACCUUGAGUGUGGGCGGGCCAUUGAGGCGCCCAUGAAUGCCCGGUUUGGUGAAGGCUCUGGAAGUAUUCUCCUGGAUGAUGUGCAGUGCAGAGGGAACGAACCCUCUCUGUUGCAGUGCUCGCACCGGGGGUGGGGCAUACAUGACUGCGCCCACCGUGAGGAUGCCAGUGUCAUCUGCUCAGGUCUCAUGAGACUCAUGAAUGGACAGAACAGAUGUUCCGGUCGCGUUGAAGUCCAUUACAAUGGAAACUGGGGAACAGUGUGUGAUGAUGCCUGGGACAUAAAAGAUGCAGAGGUUGUGUGCAGACAGCUUGGGUGUGGGCGGGCCAUUGAGGCGCCCAUGAAUGCCCGGUUUGGUGCAGGCUCCGGAAGUAUUCUCCUGGAUGAUGUGCAGUGCAGAGGGAACGAACCCUCUUUGUUGCAGUGCUCGCACCGGGGGUGGGGCACACAUAACUGCGCCCACCAUGAGGAUGCCAGUGUCAUCUGCUCAGCUUCUUCACCUACCACACAGAAGCCCAUUACUACAUCUCCACCACCUACAACAAGCAAGCCCCUUACAAGUGGCCCCUAUCACGUUGUAUCGGAAACAUUCGGAACAUGGGAAACAGAUAACUCCUCUUCAUCCCCUUUCGCGCCAGAGACCACUGGGGCAAUAUCUACCCCACAACCACUGACUACAGCUAAUGGAGCUUCUGUGGAUUCCACAACACCAGAAAGAGAGAACUCCUUUCCAUCCAUCACCGCACCAGAGACCACUGCGGCAAUAUCCACCCCAGAAUCACUGACUACACUUAAUGAAGCCACUGUGGAUUACACAACACCGGAAAGAGAGAACUCCUUUUCAUCCACAACCGCACCAGAAAGAACUGGAGAAAUAUCAACCCCAGAAUCACUGACUACACCUAAUGAAGCCACUGCAGAUUUCAGAACACUGGAAACAGAUAACUCCUCUUCAUCCACUUUCGCACCAGAGACCACUGGGGCAAUAUCUACCCCACAACCAUUGACUACAGCUAAUGGAGCUUCUGUGGAUUCCACAACACCAGAAAGAGAGAACUCCUUUCCAUCCAUCACCGCACCAGAGACCACUGCGGCAAUAUCCACCCCAGAAUCACUGACUACACCUAAUGAAGCCACUGUGGAUUACACAACACCGGAAAGAGAGAACUCCUUUUCAUCCACAACCACACCAGAAAGAACUGGAGAAAUAUCAACCCCAGAAUCACUGACUACACCUAAUGAAGCCACUGCAGAUUUCAGAACACUGGAAACAGAUAACUCCUCUUCAUCCACUUUCGCGCCAGAGACCACUGGGGCAAUAUCUACCCCACAACCAUUGACUACAGCUAAUGGAGCUUCUUUGGAUUCCACAACACCAGAAAGAGAGAACUCUUUUCCAUCCAUCACCGCACCAGAGACCACUGUGGCAAUAUCCACCCCAGAAUCACUGACUACACCUAAUGAAGCCACUGUGGAUUACACAACACCGGAAAGAGAGAACUCCUUUUCAUCCAUCACUGCACCAGAGACCACUGGGGCAAUAUCCACCCCAGAAUCACUGACUACACCUAAUGAAGCCACUGAAGGUUUCAGAACACUGGAAACAGAUAACUCCUCUUCAUCCACUUUCGCGCCAGAGACCACUGGGGCAAUAUCUACCCCACAACCAUUGACUACAGCUAAUGGAGCUUCUGUGGAUUCCACAACACCAGAAAGAGAGAACUCCUUUCCAUCCAUCACCGCACCAGAGACCACUGGGGCAAUAUCCACCCCAGAAUCACUAACUACACCUAAUGCAGCCUCUGGUGAUUACACAACACUAGAAUCAGAUUAUUCCUUUUCAUCCACUUUCACAGCAGAGAGCACUGGGGCAAUAUCUACCCCAGAACCACUGACUACAGCUAAUGAAGUCUCUGAUCAUUACAUGGCAUCAGGAGCAAUGGCUCCUCCUGAUAGUAGUGAAGCACCCAAGACGCCUGUGGCACUUACAUGUCUGCCAGAAUACAUGCGUGCAGUCAUUAGAAGAGCCUACAUCAGGUCAAAAGGCUAUUUUUCAUGGAAUUUUCACUUGAAUGACCCAACUUGUAGGCCUAUGGUUACAAAAUCCCAUGUUAUAUUCCAUAUACCUUAUGAUGGCUGUGGUACAAAAAGUGAGGUAAAUAAUGGGACUAUCGACUACUCCAACACAGUCAGAGCAUCCACUUCUGACAAUUUCAUCACCAGGGCAAAGAGUCCUCAGUUACAUUUCACCUGCAGAAUGAAUGAGAGCGUGAUAGUGGACAUCAUGCACAUCGUCAACGAGUCCAACUCUUUAGAAACUGAUGAAACUCAGUAUGGACGAUUCAAUGUGAAACUUUCCUUUUAUGAAUCACCAUCUUUUUCAAGCCCUGUGAAUAGUUUCCCAUACUUUGUUGACCUAAACCAGGACUUAUACAUUCAAGCCACUCUCUACAGCCCUGAUCCAAAUCUGAUGUUGUUUAUAGACACAUGUGUAACAUCUCCUGAUUCCCAUGACUUUACAACUGUGAAAUACGAUUUAAUCAAGAGAGGGUGUGUAAAAGACGAUACCUUCACUGCUUACUAUUCAUCAAACAAAAAAAUUGUUCAGUUCCAAUUUAAAGCCUUUUCAUUUUUUAAUGGAUACUCUACAGUUUACCUCCAGUGCAAAAUGGUGGUGUGCAAGGUGUACGAUUUUUCUUCCAGAUGCUACCAGGGCUGUGUAACUAGGAACAAGAGAGAGACAAGUUCUGGCCAGGAAAAUGUGGUGAUUGUUGGGCCAGUUAAGCUCAAGAAUCCCAGUAACUCAGAUGGGCAUAUUGCCAGUUUAAUGUGAUGUUAUUUCAAUCGCUUUUAACAUCAAAAGGAUUGGUUCAGUGCAUGAUUUCCUGCUGAUGAGCUGAGUAGCAUUUUUACCUGCAUAGCAAACUCCUAAUAACAUCAGAGUACUUGCUUAGUGAUGGUAUACGUCUGAAUAUAUUCUUUAUCUGUCUUUACCAUUCCCUAAUUUCAAAUCUGUUGCAUUUACUUCCUAGACUUCUCUUCAAUAAAUAAUCUUGGUUAUAAAAGUAUAGGUGAACCAGAUGAUUGAUUUUCUGAUCUAGACUUAAUGACAAUAGAAUCUUCUUGUGUUUAUUCAAAUUCCCCCUUCGUUUUACAUCAUACUACCGCUGAAUAGCAUGAGUGUUUAUUGUUUAAGAACAAUUAGCAUAUAUUUUAACUAUAUAUUUAUCUCAACUCACAAUGAUUCACUGAUGAGCUUCAUACUUGAAAAGAUGAAAAUAGAAGCAUCUGUGUUUAUACUUAUUAAGGAUAGAAUAAAUGCAUUAUGAUGCUUGAAAAUUAUGGAGAUGGACACAUUAAAAUUGCUUAAAGAGAGGGACAUUAUAUGGUGUGUAAAUUCUAAAUUCUGCCUCUAAUUUAAGAGAUUAGGAGCUUCAUGUUUUAUUUCUUGAACCUAAAUUCAUAUGGAAAGUCAAAUGCAGUGGAAUUAAUAUUUUGUAUGCUGGAUUAUUUUU